CUCUAUUCAUAAGAAAACAUUGUGCACGCGACUGAUCAGCUGUUGCUAUUUGGAAUUCGAAUGCAAAAUUAAAGCAAGUUUCGAGAGGGUCGAAUGCAAGAAACAAGACCGACAACAUGAAAAACAAAAAAAGUAGAGCUGAGAAGAAGAAAAAUAAUAAAAAGAAGCUCUGGCACAAGAAGGGAAAAGCUUCUGAAGCAGCUACAAAGAUUCUGCGCCUGUUGACUGAAAAAGACGAUGCUUCCAACCCACCUACGGAGGUAAGUGUCUAACAAUGAACCAUAAAAAAUAGGCAAAAAGUGUUUUCUUUCGGUUCCGCGUUUUUUACGGCGCAGUUUCGUCUCUCCACCGCGCAAAUCGGGGUUUUGGUGGCUUGGGGCAACUGUUGCAGUGCGCAAACGCCAGAGCCCAGCGCCUAAUACCCGUCAUCCAACAUUUUCAGCAGACAGUGAAAAGUGAAAAGUUCCAGAAAAAACCUAUUAGUGCACUUAUCCCAGUGGCCAAAUUAGUGAAAAGAACCCACCCAGGAUGGAGACGAUCUGGCAGAAGGCUUGCGCCCACCACGAUGUUCCGGAGCAGGUUGCAAAGGAAUGGUAUUCCCGCAUUCAGGAGCACCUAAGUGCCAAAAGCCCAUCGCGCGCCUACCACAAUUGGCAGGAGAUGAUGCAGCGCAAGGUGACACACCUGGCUAGCGUCAAGAAUCCAAACAUCGUACUGGCCGCCUUUUUCCAGUACUACCAUUUCGAUGGGAAUCGCAGCUGCGCGGAGCAGAACUGUGAGGUGUUUGAGGAAUUCUGUAACGAUGCCGUCAUCGAAGACGACCACGCCAAAAGUCUCGUGUGCAAUCUGCUGGGACGAAAAUCCCCCGACAACGAACUGACCUGGGAUCACGACGAGGAAGCAAAUUUAUUGCAAGAUGUGGAUCUUGUGGUGCUAGCGGCCCCGCCGGAGGAGUAUAAAAACUACACAACUCUAUUGCGCUCCGAGUAUGCUAAUCUCGAUGAUGCCAACUACAAGGCCAUGCGAAUCAAGGUGCUGGAGACGUUGCUACUGAUACCCUGUAUCUAUGCUACGGACGAGUAUCGGGAUAAGUACGAGGAGUUGGCACGUGCCAAUAUUCGCACCGAGAUCAGCGAACUAAAGCAGCAAAAGUAGGUUGCAGUGGCGGCCAGGGGUUGGAUGGAUCGGGAUGCGAAGGGCUGCUUUGUUCACUGCUGUUGAGUUGUACAUUUGCUGGCCGUUAUACCUCGUUUGCCGCGCUCUAGCGAAAUCAAUAUAUUUUUACAUUUAAGUCGGAUGUAAUCAAAAUCACUUUCCUAGUUAGUGUGUACGCCUAGAUAUAUACGUAAGCCCUGUAAACACUCCAGCUCAUAAUAAAUUCGAUGUAAAUCAUUUAAAACCCUGUAUGUUUUACUAACAAAUAAGAAAACUUAAAGAAGGACGAAAAGCAACCACUGGCUUGCUUUUCAGUACACUUAUUAUUUAAUUUUUUGUACACUAAUUGUUUAUUUUAUUUCGUUUAGGGACCAUCAACCUCUACACAACCAACAAUGCCGGCGCAGUCUAAUAAGGUUAAAAGACGAAAAAAUAGG